UCUACGUCACUGUCAACCACCCGCGUAGGUUUGAAACUUCUUGUUUUGAAAAGCUAAACAUGGCGGCGAGAGAAACCCCCAUGAAACAUCGACACAAGAAUGUAAAUGCAACAUUUGAAACGUCCAGUAUAGACUCGACCGCCGUCGAAGAGAAAUUGUUUGGCCAUGUGGAGGAGGACGAGGACGUUGACGACGGACCCAUGGUGUUCAUCUGCGGGAAGUGCAAGCUGCCUGUUGGGGAUUCACUGUCCUGGGAUGGAAGUGAGGACGGUCAAAACCAGAUAAGACUGAAGCGGGUCACCGACAACGUCAUAGUUGGAAAGGACAAUCGCCUGCUUGAAGUUGGCAAACGAUCUGCCUGGUAUGGAUGUCUAGUUGUUGAUCUUGUCUGUCGAGGCUGCCGCUCUGUGCUUGGCAUGGUUUAUUCAUCAACGCCGAAGAACAUGGACCACAAGAGAUUCACAUUCUGUCUCAAUGUAGCGGACAUCGACAGUUAUGUGCUUGGCUCUGCAAGCCAGAUGUUGGCAGCAGAGGGCCCCAAAGAGCAACUGGUAUCACUGGAGUACAGAGGCAUUGUUGAACAACAACUGACAGAGAUGAAAAUGCUGGUGUUGUCCAUGGCUCAGAGGCUGGAGGAGAUCGAACUUGGCCUUCAGGAUGGAUGUGAUGAGGCAUGACAGUGAUGGGAUGUCAACUUGUCAGGGACGGUGCUUCGUCCAGGUGUCCAACAGGAGGGUUUAACGUCCUCGGCCUCACCUCUACCUUUACCCUAAUUCUUCCUCGUCUGGGUUUCAUCUCAGACACAUUCUCUCAGUAACACGUUUUGUCCAAUCCUACCUGCACGCACACUCAUACACACACUCACAGCUUCCACUCCGCUUUGUCCUGAUUACCGAUGGUGAAACAAAGAGCGCCUGCACUUGUAAUCAAUCAUGUUGUCAGCUCGGCUCCUGUGGCUCGUGGCGCCAUCUUCUCUGUGUGUGUCGGUGCAGGGUGAAUGUGGGCUAUGAGCAGAAUGUUUAUUUGUGCGGGAAUUCAUCAGGAAGGCUGCAGACUCAGCACAAUGCUGUAUUGAUCGGGGCACUCAAGGCCACACACACACACACACUCUAUCACACACGCGCACACACACACACAUUUACACCCGCAUUGUUUCUUUGUUCACUUCCUCAAGCAUGGAGCCUUGAGGGAUUGAUACAUUUAUGCCUUUCGUUGCCUUGUUGUGACCAAACGUGAGCGGCAUUUCAACAAUAUGUAACAAAAAAAGAAACCACUCUUAAAAUACUGUAAUGCAUCACAGUAUUGCAUCAUAAUUCAUUGAGGUAGCCUGGUAUCUGUUUUCAACAAAUAUUGGCAAACUUUUUUGAAAAUUAGCAGAUUAUUUACAUUUAAACAUUUGAACUACAGUAUCUUGUUUGUUUUUAUCUUUAUUUUGCGUCUUCGUUGUUGUAAAAGCUGUUUUUGUGUAAUAAAGUUUCCACCUGAUUGAAGGUUAAAUAAA